AUGACAGUACCAUCGGACGCUACCAUUGCGGACUUGCAAAAAACAAUUAUGAAUGCGGUCAAACUACCUGACUACCCGCUCAUCUCGCUGGAUGCCAACCUCCCAAGCACGGGCCAUGUCUACGCAACUCCAGACGUAGCGCUGGCUUCGGAAGUGCCGCAGAGAAAUGACGGCCUACGUGUUGUGUAUGCCUAUCCUCGGCGAUAUAAUCAAGUGAUUCCUUUGAAAGACGUUUUCUGCAAGCGGGAGGAUACGAUCCGUGCACUUUAUAAUCAAAUAUUGUGGUGGGGACGAAGUCCCUUUAUCGUGCGCGGCCCUCCGGGUAGUGGAAAAUCCACGCUGCUGGAUCUUUUAUCCAACUAUAUAAUACAGCAAGAACCAAACGCCAAUGUCUUUUAUGUGCCGAAAUGGACAGCGGGCGAUAAUCCAGGGUACUUAGCUUUCAAGGAAAGAUUCUUCCGAAUAGCCUCGGUUUCCAUAGAGUUCAUUGAAGCCGGUGAGCGUCCGGCGUGGCUAUUGAUGGACGAUAUGCAAGAUUCAGACAUCCGGAUCAUCAUAUUCUGCCGCUAUGGCGCUGUCUUUGGACUAUACGAUGACCCCACUGCCAGACUGGGCCCCUCAUAUAGGAUAUAUAUUGACAAGCACUCUCACAUGGGUUUAUGGCCAACAGACCAUUCUCCCGUUGGACUUCAUUUCACUCAAACAGAAUUCUCUGAAUAUGUACGACAACGGUCCGACUGUUGCAUCGAUGAGGAACUGGAGCGAUGCUUCUUUUUGUGGACCAGUGGUCACAUUGGUGCGAUUACUGCUCUCUACGGGAUUUUGCAAACGGCGAAUAUACUGGCUCAACCUCGCAGCAACAAGUUUUCCCUCGCCAACUUUGAAGCUGCAGCGCCAAGCCUCGAGAAGUUCGUUCACGAGCUCGGAGGAGCUUGUGAGCUCAAAAAGGCACUUCCUCCUCAACCACUGUUUACGGAUGUCGGGCGCCCAAGUUUUGCGGCAUUUUUCCGUCGGUUGCUAAAACAUGGCUCUCUGUUUUGCACUGAAAGAAGAACCUUGGAUGUCCAAUACGACGACCUGGAUCAAUGGGUCUUCCUUGAUGACCCGAUUCUUGGUGAUACUUGCCUUACAGCCAUCCGCCAAGACUGGGUAUUCACCUCUGCAUGCGGAAAUUUUCCCAACACUGUGAUUAUUUCCCUUUCCACUCCUCUUCUUCAAUGCUGGUUUUCGUAUCACCUCAUUCCUUCUGAACUGAAGUCAUCUUUCGAGAGUCCUUUCGAUCUUGUCUGUCAAGCCACGGCGCUUUUCUGUCCCUCCUUACUUCGCGAUCCGCCAGUUCGCUUCGGUACCCCGCAUGAAAGUCGCUAUCAUAUGGAGUUUUACAGAGCUGCGUCAGCUUUGACGGGUGGUGCUAUCGUUUCGUCUCCAGAUUUUGGGACCAACCCAAAUCGUGAAAGUCAAGGCCGGAUUGAUUUUCUCUUGGCGCAUAAGAAAUGGGGAAUUGAGCUUACUAGGGAUGGGAAUCGUUUGGAUGGCGGAGGUGAUCCGCGGUUCCAAAAAUACGGGCAAUGGCGUGAGGAAGGGGAUAUGACGCAGUAUAUCUUUGUGGACUAUCGGGUGACACAGCCGGCGCAAUCACAUCCAGACAUUCCGCAUCUAUAUCAUGUUGUUUUCGACAACGAGUUCAACGACUAUGUUAUCCUCAAAGGAAGCGAUCUGUCAAUCAUCUGCCAUGGUAGUUUUCCGAAAGUGUAA